AUGGCCUCCACAAGCGGAAGCGGCAACUAUAGCCACACGCCCUUACAAGACGACGAACUGAUUGACCCCGAUGAUGCCGACCUGAACGAUUUUGAUGACCCCCUCGCGCCGCAGUCUUCCCGUCAGCCUCUCGCGGGCAACAUCGGGGCCGGAUCCUCAUCACGGCCGCUCAACGAAAGCUAUCUGACGUCGUCGAUUCCCGGUGAGGACAGGAGAGCACCGCAGAACACGAUUGACGAGACCGUGUGGGAGACACUUCGCCGCGAUCUGCUCGCCGUGUGGGCAAAACUACGAGAGGUGCUUUACCCAAGGUACUUGCUUGGCGGCACCAUGUUUGACUCUGAGGGCGGUCUUCGCGGCGCCUAUUCCAAUAUCCGUGGCGCUGGCAUAUCCGGCACGAGAGAAGAGCUUACCGGGCUUGCCAGUCGCGUCAUGGACGCCGAAGCCCUCUUACAGAGCAACAUGAGCCCUGGGUUGCGGGACUGGGACUUAUGGGGACCCUUGAUAUUCUGCCUGCUCCUGAGCCUGCUUCUCAGCUUUACUGCGCGACCCGAUCAAAAGGACGCCGUCUUCAGCGGCGUCUUCGCCAUGAUUUGGCUUGGCGAAGCUGUGGUGACGCUUCAGAUCAAGCUCCUAGGCGGUAACAUAUCGUUUGCACAGAGCGUGUGCAUCAUCGGCUACACUUUGUUUCCCCUCGUCUUGGCUGCCCUCAUGUCGGCGCUCAGGCUGCAUUGGAUCGCACGGAUACCGGUCUACGUCGUCCUCAUCUCCUGGUCUCUCGCCGCCGGUGUGAGCAUUUUGGGCGGCAGCGGCGUGGUCAAGAAUCGCGUGGCACUUGCGGUCUACCCGCUCUUCGUCUUCUACCUUGGACUCGGGUGCCUCUGCUUCAUCAGCUGA